UUAGUCCACGCUCUACUUUCAGCAACAGACCAAGCAUGGGCUUACUGGCUAUUCCUUUCCUUUUACUCUUCCUGCAACAUGCAUUUGGAGUGCCUGUCCCAGAACAAAAAGAUAUUGAUAUGGACGGAGGAAAGGACUUGGACAUUUUUGACAUCAAUAAAGAUCUUGACCUUUUUGAAGGGGACAUUAAACAACAUGAUGUAAUUCCAUGGAACUCCAUUAUUGGAGAUAAUUAUAGGUGGCCAAUACCGGUUCCAUAUUAUUUGGAAGACAGUCUGGAAAUUAAUGCUAAAGCACUUGUCCUAGAAACCUUUGAGCGUUACCGACUAAAAUCAUGCAUUGAUUUCAAACCCUGGGAAGGAGAACCAAAUUAUAUAUCUGUGUUCAAGGACAGUGGAUGCUAUUCUUAUAUUGGGAACUUGCGUAGAGGAAAACAACAGCUUUCACUCGGUACUAACUGUGACAGAAUAGCAACAAUACAACACGAGUUUCUCCAUGCCCUUGGAUUCUGGCACGAACAAUCCCGUGCGGAUCGAGAUGAUUAUGUUAAUAUCAUUUGGGAGAGGAUUCAGUCUGGAAGAGAAAACAAUUUUAAUAAAUAUGAUGACACACGUUCCAGUUCCCUAAAUGUCCCAUAUGACUACACUUCUGUAAUGCACUACAGCAAGACUGCUUUCCAGAAUGGCUCAGAACCAACAAUUGUAACCAGAAUUCCAGCAUUCAGUGAUGUGAUUGGACAACGAAUGGACUUCAGUGACUAUGAUCUUGAAAAGCUAAAUCGGCUGUAUAACUGCUCAUCUUUCCUCACAUUUCUGGAUUCAUGCACUUUUGAGUACAAUAACAUCUGUGGCAUGGUGCAAGGUACAGGAGAUAACGCAGAUUGGAAUCACGUGCUUAGCGUUCCUGCUGGACCUUUAAGCGAUCACACUAACCUGGGACAGUGCACAGAUAGUGGAUAUUUUAUGCACUUCAGCACAGCCACAGGAAGUGCUGGGCAUAAGGCUUUAUUGGAAAGCAGACUGUUCUACCCAAAGAGAGGAUAUCAGUGCCUGGAAUUUUUCUAUUACAACAAUGGCCAUGUGAGUGACCAGCUAAAUGUUUGGAUCAGAGAGUACACAGACACGUCCCCUAAUGGCACUCUGAAGUUCAUCAGCACUGUAGACGGUCAGCCAGCUAACUAUUGGCAACUGUAUCAUCUGUCUUUAAAUGUAUCCAAUAAAUUCCGGGUAGUAUUUGAAGGUGUUAAAGGAAAUGGAAUUUCCAAUGGAGGGUUUUCAAUUGAUGACAUCAACUUCUCCGAGGCGAGAUGCCCCCAACAUAUUUGGCAUAUCAGAAACUUUAACACUGAUUACUUACAACUUAAUGGAACCAUAUUUAGUCCACCCCUAUAUUCCCCAGAUGGCUAUGCAUUUCAGGUGCAAAUCAGGGCUGAUGGCAGCACUCAGAAUCUUGCAAUAUAUUUCCACCUUAUUUCUGGUGCCAAUGAUGAUACCUUGCAGUGGCCAUGUUCACUGAGACAAGCCAGUAUGGUACUAAUGGAUCAGCAUCCAGAUAUACGAAAACGUAUGAUGAAUUUGAGAAGUAUCACAACCGAUCCUAAACAAACGACAACUGGUGGUCAAUUGCAAUGGGAUAGACCUUCACGAGUAGGAUCACAACAAACAUUCCCUAACGGAACACAAUUUUAUCGUGGAACAGGAUAUGGAACCUCAGCCUAUAUCACAUAUGACAGGCUGCAGAGUAGAGACUUCCUUAAGGGAGGUGACGUCUUCAUGCUGCUGUCUGUUAAUGAUGUCUCCUAUCUAAAUGCAACUCAGACAACGCCGACAACGCCUGCAACGCCUGCAACACCAGCAACGCCUACAACGCCUGCAACACCUGCAACACCUGCAACGCCUGCACAAACUACUGAUCCGUCUUAUACCGGAACAUCACCUUCCAACCCCUGUAAAGAAUAUGAAUGUAAAAAUGAUGGUGUUUGUGUGCUUGAAGAUGAAAAGCCACUAUGCAGGUGUAAAAUCACUAAAGAUUGGUGGUAUGUUGGUGACAGAUGCGAAAAGAAAGUAGCAAGUAAUGACACACUUGUGAUUGCUGUGGCCUCCUCAGUCACCAUAUUCGUGGUUAUGUUAAUAAUUACUCUUGUCACUGUGUAUUGCUUGAAGAAAAAACACAAAAAGCAAGUUGGGAAGAUGGGAGGCGACUUUACUUUGGAAAACAAAUACUCAUCCUAAGGAAAGCAACUGACUUACUAGAA